CGGACCUGCGGGAAGAUGGCGGCGGCCGGGCGGGCGGCGGUGGCGUGCGGGGCCCGCGCCGCUCUCGGGGCCCGCCGGGGCCGGGCCGGGGCCUUCAGGGCCGCCUCCGGGACCGGGAGCGGCACCGGGACCGCGGAGCUGCUGCAGGAGCGGCUGCGGCGGCACCAGGCAGCGGCUGCGCCCCCCCCGGGCCCCCUCCCCCCGGGUGCCCCCCCCCGGCCCGGUUCCCAGCAGCAGCAGGAGGAGGAGGAGGAGGAGGAGCGGCGGCGGCAGCGGCUGGCGGGGGCUCGGCGCCUGGCCCUGCGCCUGGGGGGGCUGCUGGGGGCCGGCACCGGCCUGGCCAUCGUCUACGUCUUCGGCAGCAACGCCGUGGACGAGCACGGGGCCAAGGUCCCUGACGAGUUCGAUGGAGACCCCGUGGGCAUCCAGCAGCUGCGCCGGACCUACAAAUACUUCAAGGACUACCGACAGAUGAUCAUUGAGCCCACCAGCCCCAAGCUGCUGCCGGACCCCCUGCGCGAGCCCUACUACCAGCCCCCCUACACCCUCGUCAUCGAGCUCACCGACGUCCUGCUGCACCCCGAGUGGUCGCUCGUCACCGGCUGGCGUUUCAAGAAGCGCCCGGGCAUCGAGAGCCUCCUGCAGCAGCUCGCCCCCCUCUACGAGAUCGUCGUCUUCACCUCCGAAACGGGCAUGACCGCCUUCCCCCUCAUCGACAGCAUCGACCCGCACGGCUUCGUCUCCUACCGGCUCUUCCGCGACGCCACGCGCUACAUGGACGGGCACCACGUCAAGGACAUCUCGUGCCUCAACAGAGACCCCGCCAAGGUGGUGGUGGUGGAUUGCCGCCGGGAAGCUUUCUGCCUGCAGCCCUACAACGGGCUGGCGCUGCGCCGCUGGGACGGCAGCUCCGACGACCGCUCCCUCUAUGACCUGGCCGCCUUCCUUAAAACCAUCGCGCUGAGCGGGGUGGAGGACGUGCGCGCGGUGCUGGAGAACUACGCGCUGGAGGACGACCCCCUGGCCGCCUUCAAGCGGCGUCGCUCGCAGCUCGAGGAGGAGGAGCAGCAGCGGCUGGCGGAGCUGGCGCAGGGCAAGAAGCCCCCGGGGCUCUUCCUGGGCACCCUCGCCCGGCGCCUCUGGCCCCACUCCAAGCAGCAGUGACGCCCCCGACCCCCCCCCUCGUCCCCGACCCCCCCACGUUGUCGCCGCCUCCCCCCCUAUUGUCACUGACCCCCCCCGACGCGUCCCCAGCUUUUAUUUUUAUUUUUUUGGGG